UACAAUAUAAGCAUAGAGUCACUUCCUUUUUCUCCCCGUGAAUUUUUGGAGAGUUAUUUCAUGUUCUGUAGGCCAUUCAUGCAUUAUGUCUACAUUAUCACACAACAUUUGUUUUUGUGCAGAAACUGAGAACAAGGUCAAAAGGUCUUUGAAGCUUAUUAAGAGCAUCAACCAAAACAGAGAAGCGAAUCUAAAGAAAAAGAUGGAACUUACUCAGCUCGUUGAGGAUAUCCACAAAGAGUACCAAUCCAUUUAUGCCCUCUAUGAUAAUAUCAGAGGCGAAGUAAGGAACAAAGUGCAUGGAAAAGAUGAAUCAGGUUCUUCUUCUUCUUCAUCUACUUCUUCCUUGGGGUCCAACUCAGGUACAGAAUAUUAUACACCAGAGGAACUAAAUGCUAGAAAUGCGGUACCUAAUGUUGAGCUUCAAAAGGUAAGGAAAAGUGACAAUCGAAAAUGUGAAGAUUCAGAUCCAGAAGAUGCCAUCUUAAAAGAUAAAUUGACCUCCACCAGUGAAAUUAAGAAAUCCCCAAGCGUGGACUCAUUAGUAUCUCUUCACGAAGCACCACAAUCAAGUGUAAUUUUUAAAGAUCUAAGGAUUCAAGAAGAGCAGUCUCAAAGCGUAAGACAAAAGUUACUUGAUGAAUGUGCACAGUUAAAGGAAAAAUUGCAUGAGAAAGAAGAGGAGAUAGUGUCCAUCUCCAAGAAACUCCAAGCUUUUGGGGACCAAAAAUUGUUUGAGAUAGAGGAGCUAGAGAGGCAGGUGACAAGUCUGAAGCUUGAGCUGGAAACAGUGACCUCGCAGAAAAAGACCUUAGAAGAGACAGUUGAGACCAAGUCUAAUGAAGCUAAACAGAUGGGGAAGGAAAAUUCAAGACUACAAAUUCUGAUCAGAGAACUUGAAUCACUAUCAAAAGAGAAAGAAACUCAAAUUUCUUCUCUUCUUGAGAAAUUUGAAGAAGACAAGAAGCAGUCACUGUCUAAAUUUAAGGACCUGAUGGCACAAGCCAGUGAGCUUCAGCUGGAAGUAGAUAGUUUGCGCUCUCAGAAACGCAUAUCAGAAGAGCAAUUGAUGCAUGCAACGAAUGAAGGAUCUAAUCAAGUCAGUAGUCUAGUAAAACAGGUAGAGUUUCUGCAACAGCAACUCGAUUUCAUCAGCAGCCAAAAGUCUGAGUUGGAGUCGCAACAUAAAAAUAAAUCUCUAGAAGCAUCAGAAUGCUUUAUACAGAUGGAAAAGACGAGAGAUAAAUUAACAGACAAGGCCUUAAAUGGGCAAGAGAUAACAGAAGACGAGGCCUGUCUAAAAGUAAAGGUAGAAGAGUUGGAGCAGGAGAUACGUACAAUAUCCAGUCAGAAGAUUGAAUUGGAAGAUCAGAUAAUUAGCACAAAGAAUGAAGCAUAUCAUCUAAAAGUUGACAAUGAGAAUCUCCACAGAAGAAUUUUCGUCUUGGAGACAACUGUGAAAGAGAGAGAACAUGAGCUAUGUGCCCUUCAAAAGAAAAUUGAGGCUCAGGAAAAUGAUAUGUCAACUCAGAUUAAAUCAUUAACAGCACAGAUAAACAAUUUCCAUAAAAAACUGGGAACCUUGCACGAUGAGAAAAGCGGCCUGCAACUGCAACUUGAGCAGGAAAAACAAGUUUCUUCUGAGAGCCUAAAUCAUAUGGAGAGAAAGAACAUCGAAUUGACAAAGAAGAUUGCAGAUCAGCAAAAAACUGCGGCAGGGCUGGAGGAAGCUGUCAACAUGUUGAAUAUGGAACACAAACAAGUCCAAAAUAGAUUUGACGAUUCCAAGUUGAACUUCCAGAUCGCAGAGAGGAAAAUAGAAGAAAUGGCCGAAGAGUUCUUCAAAAAAUGUGGGGACAAUCUCCGCAUCUUGAGCCGGAGAAUCCGAGUUGCAGAACAGUUGCAUGUUGAGAACAAAGAAUGGUACGAGAAGACGAAAGACAGGUAUGAGCAACAAAACAAGGAGCUCAAAGAAAGGGUAGAAAAUAACAAAGUUUGGCUUAGCAAUAUCAAGGAUAUGACCCUGACUGCAGACAGCACACUGUCAGAUUUGGAUGCUGUUGCUCUAAAGUUUGAAGGCUGCAGUGCAAACUUCCUCAACCGAAUCUCCAAAGUUUCUUGUGAACUUAAGUUUGCAAAAGACUGGAUCAAGAGGAAGAACAAAGCAAUGACACACGUCAAAGAUGAUCUAGAUUGCCUACUUACGCAGCUGGAUCACAAGGAAGCUGAGAUAUUAGUAUUCCGAGAGAGAGUCUGGAAAUCAGAGAAUAAAGUCAGAGAACUGGAGAAAAUGAUCACAGAGAACGAGGAAGCGAUGUUGGCCCUAAAGGAAGAAAAAAGAGAAGCAAUAAGACAACUGUGCGUCUGGAUUGAUUAUCACCGCAGCCACUCUGAUUAUUACAAGAAAAUGAUAUCUGAUAAGACACUUCAACGCAGGAAAACAACUUGA